CCCGCUGCCCACAGCCCGCAGCCCGCCUCCAGCCGCCGCACGCUGACGGUCCUGCACGCCCGUCGCAGCAGCCGCCGCUGGCGCGCCCGGUUCAUCCAUGAGCUCGGAUUUCCCACAUUACAACUUCAGAAUGCCUAAUAUUGGAUUCCAGAAUCUGCCUCUCAACAUAUAUAUUGUGGUUUUUGGCACUGCUAUAUUUGUCUUCAUCCUUAGUUUACUCUUCUGUUGCUACUUGAUUAGGCUAAGACAUCAAGCACACAAAGAAUUUUAUGCCUAUAAACAGGUUAUAUUAAAAGAGAAAGUAAAAGAAUUGAAUUUACAUGAGCUCUGCGCAGUGUGUCUAGAAGACUUCAGGCCUCGAGAUGAGUUGGGAAUCUGUCCAUGUAAGCAUGCCUUCCACAGAAAGUGCCUUAUUAAGUGGCUGGAGGUUCGGAAAGUGUGUCCCCUGUGCAACAUGCCAGUUCUGCAGUUGGCCCAGUUGCACAGUAAGCAGGACCGUGGUCCCCCGCAGGGUCCCCUUCCUGGGGCAGAGAACAUUGUAUAGCUCGCCAUAGGAUCAAACUGUUGGGAUGCGACGUCUGCGUACAGCCAGGAGGAACGCGGGCAGGCUCUGUCUUGGUUGCUCUUACCUGAGGCACCAGCUGCCACUUCCUUUGCCUCAUGAAGAACUCUUGGGCCAGCCACGCUGGGGACCCAGGCAUCUGGGCCUUGUGACAACCAAAGCACUCUGAUAACUACCCCACGCCAAGAGAAGAGGAGUGGAUGAGCCUGCAGGUUUGGUUCAAGAAACUUCAUGAGGGUCUCUUGCUAACUCUAUUACAGUCUCCCAGAUACUCAUGUCCUUGUCAAGGUGAAGCUUUAUCAAAAAGGGAAGAUACAGUAUUAGAGAAGGGAACUGAGGGGAGGGCUUUAAAGCCACCGCCCACCCAUGGAGGAUGAGCUUGAGUGGACCAUGCAUGCCUUCCCAGCACUGAAUCCCCCUGCCAGUCUGGGCCAAGUAAAACCUGGGGCCAUGGUGAGCCGAAGUACAGCUGGCUGCCAGUUGGCAGUAGGACAGUGCCAGUGGCCUCUUCGUGUUCUGUUCCUUUGAUAAGGCCAUCUUGGAACCCAAGGGCUUUGGGUACAAUAGAGCAGCAGAGCCCCUCACCACCCUGUUCCCUUCAACUUCACAACACUUGCUAUACUAUUGCUAAGCUAUACCCAUUAAAUGCACUUGGAAAGGCCUGGUCAGAAGCCAUUUCCUCUUCUCACCGACUACCCACUUCCGUUCACUAGGGAAGUCCAGCUGGGGCUGAGCUCUCAGCCCACACGGUCCCUGCACAACCCAGGGGAUCCCAGCCAGGGUGCUGCCCAUAUCCCCACUGCACAGCAUGGUUCCAGCAUAGGUGCUGGCUUCCUUGGGAGGAGGAUGCUGGGGGCCCACCCAAGGCUCUGGAGUGGCCUAAGAAUGGCGGGUCCCCCUGGCCCAGCUGGAUACGGAUGCUGACUCUGUUGCCUCCCCUUCCUUUCUCUUCCCCCGUUGCACUAUCUCUGCCUGUUGUUGACUUUUUAACAAUUUAUCCCAAAUAAGAUUCCCGUGUAAUUCUGAAGCUGGAAAUCCACCUGAAAUUGUAAAUAGUUUUAGGAAGCUCCUGCAGGGCUCUCCACCUAUUGGCGUGUGCCUCCAUUUUUGGACUUGUGAUCACUCACUGAAAGUGUCUUUAUAGGAAAGAAAUGCAUGCUGCUCUUUGCCUCUUGCUGUCCAACUUUUCUAGAAGUGACUGAGUCCACUAGGAUUUGUGAAUACUGUAAAAUGUAGCUAUGUAAGCAGAAGUGGGUCAAAUAGAACAUUCUUUGCCACAGCCCUGCUCCACCCCUCCCUCAUCACAGGAGUUCACCAACUGCUUUGUUCCACUCUACCCCACAGGUGGAAGUGGGGGAAGUGUUUCAUUGGAAUAUACUCGGUGUGAUAUGGACAGGGUGGAGAGAGCGUUGCUACUCUGCUUAUGGCAUGCCUCCAGGAAUAUUUUCUGGAAUUUAACCUCUACCAUCUAAGAAUGGGAAGGGGAACCUGUCCUUGGCUCUGGUGGCUGGGGUCAGAUGAGGAGGAAAAUUCCUGUUAGCCUAGAAAAGUGCUGGGCAGAGUCCAGCUUGGAAAAUUACAAGUCUAGUUGGGCAGAACUGGCUGUUUCCCAUGUGUGACCUGCCUGCAGUCUGCCAGCUGGACCGCUUCCUGAACAGGGCACGGGGAGUGUGGAAUAUUUUUAUAUGAACGCCUUAGCCGGUUUGGCACCAUGGGAAGAACUCUUUGUACACUGCUACUUUCACCUUCUUUUCGCGUUCUCUAUUUAUAGCAGCUAAAGCUGAAUGCUGCGAAGCACCCAGUUUACAGUGACACGUUUUCAGUGACAGUGCCAACAGUGGGCUUUCCAUGAAGUGGUCUUGGGACAGAUGUCGCCUCUUUGCUGUGGGCCUCCAAUAGGAAAGAUUUUCCUUCCCCACAGGGGAGGAAUUCUGUAUGAUCUACACGGCAGAUUGCUGCUGCUGCUCACAGCUUUGGUGGAAUUCUAGCCUUUCAGUUGCCACCACCUUUUGUGUCCCCAUGCCUCCGUGCCAAGGAGACUGCCUCACCGUGACCCUGUUUCUCCAGAGGGGAAUCAAUUCUGUGUUAGUGCCCCGGACCAGAGGCCGAGUGUGUGUAGUUAGGUCCAUACGAGGAAAGCGCAGGAACACCGGAGUCUGCUCUGCCCAAACUGAGCCGCCGUAAACCUCACCUUCUUGGCCCUUGUGAAUGGGGCGGGCUUUCUGCCGUGCACUGCUGCCAGGGUUGGCUGGAAGCUGGAGACAUCAGUGUCUAUUCUGCUUUUAGUCCUCUUCCCUUUCUUGGGACCAGGCCCAGGAUUACCGCCUGUGUUUGCUCUCUGCAGCUGGGGCCUCCAACUAUAACCCUUCCCCGCCCCCACCCCAAAGCCUCUGUGCUACAAAUGGCAGCAGGCCUUUUCAUAUGUCUUCCUUUGAUUCUGCUUACAAUUCGUAUUUUAUUUAAAAGACAAUCCAUUCAGUUUCUUCAAGAAUGAGGGAUCCCUUUAUACCCUGUUGGCUUGGGCUUAAUUCCCACAAUGAGGCAUGAGUUAUCGGUGACCUGUGUGAAUGUGUAGGUAUGUGGGGACUGGGCUGCUCUGGGACCACUGGCUGCUGUAGUCUUACUGUGUCUUCUUAACAGCUAUUUGUGUGCUGCCGGUUAGUGGAGCGGAACUCAGGCCCCUCUGGAGCCCAUGAGCGUCUUGGCUCAUCAGGGAGUUGUUGCUAAGGGGACAUCUGAGUUCAGGUGACUUAUUAGAAACAGGGAACAAAACCAGCCUGACUUGAUUCUUGGAUGAGCACAAGACACUAUAAGUUGACAUCUGCUUUUCUUUGCCAAGUGUGAUAUGCGCCGGCACUUGGCAGGUAAGAUCCUUAUAGUCACCUCGAAAGGGAGCAGACAGAAACAGCCAAAAGGGGGCAGGUGGUCCCACCACCAUUGCCAGACACCAUGUUCUUGAUAGACUUGACAAGUGAAACUGCUUUUCUCCAGUGCCAGGCCCCUUAGAUCCAUCAGAGGAAUGACCUGGGGCCUUAUCCCUUUCCACAGCCUCACGCUGAGCUGCUCUAACCAGCUCCUUUCUCCGGGCCUUUAGUGAAUUAUGAAAUGCACGCUGUGUGGUGUCCCCAGAGCUCUGGGCAGACCAGGGAUGUCAUCUUCUCCUUGCCCCUUACUGCUCAGCUUCCUUGUCCACCAUGCAGGGCUUGAAAAAAAGGGGCUCUUGUAAGGAUUAGCCCGUGGCCAGAGCCUGGUAUGUGACAGACCUGGGGUCACCCAGUAGACACAGAGCCCCCCAAUCUUCCUUGACCACCUGUCUAUACCAUGGCACACCUGACUUAAUUGCUUUUUUUUUUUUUUUUUUUUUUUGACAGGCAGAGUGGACAGUGAGAGAGAGAGACAGAGAGAAAGGUCUUCCUUUUGCCGUUGGUUCACCCUCCAAUGACCGCCGCGGUAGCGCGCUGCAGCCGGCGCACCGCGCUGUUCCGAUGGCAGGAGCCAGGUGCUUCUCCUGGUCUCCCAUGGGGUGCAGGGCCCAAGCACUUGGGCCAUCCUCCACUGCACUCCCUGGCCACAGCAGAGAGCUGGCCUGGAAGAGGGGCAACCAGGACAGGAUCGGUGCCCUGACCGGGACUAGAACCCGGGGUGCCCGCGCCGCAAGGCGGAGGAUUAGCCUGUUGAGCCACGGUGCCGGCCUUAAUUGCUCAUUUGACUUUUUGAAUAGGUAACCUGGCAUAGAGUUCACAAAUCAUCAGGCUCCCUUACCCCAGCGCCUCACCUGUUGAGCACCCACCAGUAGCUUGUUCCUUGUUAGUGCAUAUUCAAGGACCUCUCCUGUUCGUGUGGGAGAGGCAUGCUACAAGUCAGAUUUUCUAAGAGGCAAGCCCAGAAUGGAGGUAUUUUUGCAGUCACACUCUGCUUGAAUAGGCAUUUGUGCUUGAUUGCAACAUACUGGAAUUCAAGUUUUCUACCCAAGUCAGAAGCUGCAGUCUCUGCCCCACCUCAGAGACCCAGCUAAUCAGAGCGCAGCCCCACAAUUUUCCCCUUUCCCACACAAGCGGACUCCCACCUGGAUGUGCUGCCACCCUUCCUCUCUCUGGGCCCAGAGUCCAGCACUAAUGGCUCCAACUGUCUCGUCUCCUAGGCCGGCUCGUUUCUGAUGCAGGAGUUUGGGCAGCAGCAACUGCAGGCUUCCAUUUUGUAGGACAGAGACAGUGAAUCUCCUGGCUAACCAGAUACAGGCCCGGGGGCUCAUCUGCCAAGUUCCUGGCUUUCCUCGUAUCCCCCCUAUAAGCACACACAAGAGAAAUGCUUCCUACACAGCCCCUUUUGUUCUAUGUGACACCAGGAAUUAGGCCACCAGCAAUCUUUUAGGAAGUAUUUUCAAUUUCAUUUUGCCUCCCCAGGGAUAAACGUUAAGCUGCUUCCUCCAGGUGGCCUUGGGGAGAAGGGGCAUGGAUUCCUCCCUGGCCGUCUGGCAAGCUUCACCUGCUUGCCUCCUUUGGUACACCUGCUGCCCAGGUCUUGAGUGCAGCUGGGCCCCUAACCUGAAACUGAGGACAGUGUGCAAAAUCCUGCUGGAACCUCUGGUCCAGGGUUAGUGUCUUGCAGAGGUCAUGGUCAUGGCUAGAGUCUGACAUUUGCAGUAGUAACUGAGAAGUGCUGGUUAACAGUUCUUUACUAAGAUUAACAAAGGAGCCCAUGUACUGUGGACUGGGCUUCCAUUCGAGUGGGAAUGUCAGAAAAAAAAAAAAAAAAAAAGCUUGUUCAGACCGGCUUCAGAAUUCAACUUGGUUUUCACCCACUUCUAGCCCAAGAACCAGUGGCAUUUUUGGUUGCCCAGCUCUGUGGAAUCAGGGAGAAUCCCCUGGUGAUGCCAGGUGUGUGUUGUACCUGGUGUGUGAGCCCACCAGUGGCAGGGUAAGUUUUUGCACUUAAAGUUUUUCCUGGUUCCCUGUGUCAGUCCCUAAGCUGGCAUGUCUGAACUUGAGGCCCACUGCGCACUCUCGGGCCCGUCCCUUCCAGGGCAGGCAGUGUCAGCAAGUCCCCCUUGCUGAAGGCCCUGCUCUCCUGAGUGUGUUCCUGGUAAACACUGCCUCAGUGGGUCAUUGCCAGAACCGGGGACACUUAGUCCUGUAGCCUGGCCCUUUGGGGUUUAUUCACUAGAUGUGUAACUCCCUCAAAAAAAGGUUUUGAAAUGCUGAGCCUCAGGUUUCAUAGACGUGUUUUGUACACUACGAAUUCUGCAGCAGAAUAUUUUUAAACAUUCGCAGUUUUUUGUAAGCUAUAUUUUUGUAUAUUUAAUUGCUAUUUUAAAAUUUUUAAUGCAUUUUUUGCUAAUCACUCGUUUAAAAAGACAUGCAUGUAAUUGGACAAACAGGUGUAAAUAAA